UAUAUGAAAACUUCUCCGACUUCAAAAAUACCAUUCAUUUAACAAUGGUUUAUAUAAAAACUCUGCAAAUGUUCGUUCCCUUUCAUUUCAAUUAAGGAUCAUUCUUUGCUUUCCUUACAAGGAUCAUUUCCCUAACAAACCCUUCCAUUUAAAGUUGUCUAUUCUUAAUCGAGUUGAUGAUGAUGAUACGUGACUAAAAAGACAAUCCGAGUCCACCAUCCCUCAGAAAAUAAAACUCAGGUUAUAAGAAAAGGUUUAACUCAAUGUUAGCUUUCACAAAGAUGGCAAGAUAUCAAGGGUUGCUUCAAACCCGGGCUACUAUGCUGUUAAUCCGAAACUACCAUAAACAGCCUGUUAAAGUUGUGUGGACGAAACCUGAAAAUGGGUGGAUAAAGCUUAACUUUGACGGAUCAAGAGGAAGAGAAGGACAAGCCAGCAUUGGAGGGAUAUUCAGAAACCACAAAGCCGAGUUCCUUCUUGGAUACUCUGAAUCCAUAGGGGAAGCCACAAGCACCACGGCAGAGUUCGCAGCCCUCAAAAGAGGCCUCGAGCUGGUUCUGGAGAACGGAUGGACGGAUCUAUGGCUCGAAGGAGAUGCCAAGAUCAUAAUGGAUAUCAUCUCCAAGAGAGGGAGAUUGAGAUGUGAAGAGACAAAAAAGCAUGUGAAUUACAUCAAUGUGGUUAUGCUUGAGCUGAGCAACUGCGUGUUGAGCCAUGUUUACAGAGAAGGGAAUCGAGUCGCUGAUAAAUUGGCUAAGUUAGGACAUCAGUUUCAGGAUCCUAAAGUCUGGAGGGUUCAGCCUCCAGACAUAGUCUUACCAAUUAUCCAUGACGAUGCAAAAGGUAAGAUUGUUCUUAGAACAAAAUGAGCCCAAAAGAGUAAGUCUUUGUAUAUAUCAAUAGAUUUU